UGUCAAACCGGUAUGGCGCGUCAUGUCGGUGUUUUCAUCGAUGGGGAAACUGCUGGCAAAAGCUAAAAUACGACAAGUUGCCGAAAUAUCUUCGUAAUAUAGGCUAUCCGAUGUAAUUUAACGCUCUGUUCACCUCAAUACAAACGCGAAGAAAAGGAUAAGGUGCCCUGGUGUAGGCUACAGUGAUAAAGGAAAGAUAUCUGGGUUUAAGACUAACUUUAAGGAAUUUCAUGUUUUUUCUUGUGUGGAAGGCUUGCGGUAUGAGGAGGCUCGUGACGACGUGUGUCUGGAUGUUGCUGCUGCACCUGUCCUGGGGGAGGGUCAUCAUUAAGGAUCAAAAUGUGUUCCAGCCAGAGCAAUCAGCAAGCCUUUUCUUAUCACGCUCUCUUCUCUACAACUCCUGGGAUUUUGAGAUGGUGGUACAAGGCAACAUUGAGAGAGAAUGUAUGGAGGAGUUGUGCUCCUAUGAGGAGGCCCGGGAAGCAUUUGAAGAUGACACACAAGCGACAGUAUUUUGGGACACCUAUGUCAACAGUCAAGGGUCCGUUGUCAGGGUGGACGUACCAGGUCUGGUAGCUGGCCUCGUAGCCUUGUUACUGGUGGCUACCAUUGCUACUGUGCUUGGCUGCUAUUUCUAUAAGAACCGAGGCAAGAGUGUGAGCAGAAGUGGCAAUGCACCUGUACAGCUCUCAGAUUCACGUCCUCCUGAGUCCAUCCCACUAUCAGGGAACCCUGUUCCAGGGCUGCCCUCCUACUCAGAUGCCCUCAACCGCAGCGGGCAGUAUGAUGCACCCCCUCCACCAUACUCGGGGGGAGCACCGUCAGAGGCUCCAGGGUCUGAGGUGGGGGACUGAAAUCUGGACACAGGACUUCAGAAACCAGGAGGAAAGAGGGGAUUUUAUGGGCUUCUCUUGUGUUGGUCAAUUAUUAUAAUAAUAUAAAAUACUGGCAAAAAUCUAUAUUUUUUAAGGGAUAAUAGGCUUUCAUAGUUUUUAACAGUUAGAAUGUGGUGGAGAAAGAUGUGUUCUGUACGCAUUUCAUGUAGAAUAUUCAACUUUUUUAAUAAAAAUGUUUUUACAACGUU